AUGUCUAUCCCCCACCAAUCUACUCCAGACGUGACAAUAGACGACGUCGUCUCUUUGACACAAACUUUGGUCCAAAUCGACUCUUCGACUCCCGGGUCUGGGUCAAAUACUGCCGGAGAGACCACCAUUGCCACAUAUAUUGCAGCAUGGCUUCGGCACCGUGGCAUUGAGUACCACUGGAUCGAAGAGACUCCCGGCCGUCCAUCCGUUGUUGCCGUCGUCCGCGGGUCAGGGGGCGGAAAGACCCUCAUGUUCAAUGGCCAUACUGAUACGGUCACCCUUCAGGGCUACGACGGCGACCCCUUAAGCGGGCGUAUCGCCGACGGAAGACUCUACGGUCGCGGAUCAGCAGAUAUGAAGAGCGGCCUUGCAGCAGCAAUGACAGCAAUAGCGGGGGCGAAGAAACUUCAUCUUCGAGGUGACGUGAUUCUUGCGGCUGUCGCGGAUGAGGAAUGCGAUAGCAUCGGUACAGAGCAAGUCCUUGCGGCUGGGUGGCGGGCAGAUGCAGCAGUCAUCGCAGAGCCGACGGAGUUUGCCAUCAUCAAUGCGCACAAGGGCUAUGUGUUGUUUGAGGUGGAUAUUCACGGCAUUGCCGCUCAUGGGUCACGGCCAGAUCUUGGAGUCGAUGCCAUUUGCAAGGCCGGAUACUUCCUCGUCGAGCUAGAUGGCUACGCUCAGAGCCUGCAGCAGCGAGGUCCCAGCAGGGUCAACACAGAUGCGCCCAAUGUUCAUGCAGGCAUCAUUCGCGGCGGUGCAGAGAUUAACUCGUAUCCUGCCAAGUGCACCAUCUCUAUCGAGCGCCGCACCAUUGCUGGCGAGACACCGGACUCUGUGCGCAAGGAGCUGCUGGCCAUCCUGGAGACACUCGCAUCCACUGUUCCCAAUUUCAGUUUUGAUCUCCGCAUGACUUCAUACCGACCACCGUAUUUCAUCGCCCCUGAUCACGCUUUUGUUAAGCUCGUGGCCGAUCAUGCGAUCAAGACGACGGGCAACGCGCCUCCCAUUCGAAGCGAGACUUACUGGACUGACAUGGCCCUGCUGUCCGAGACUGGGAUUCCGGGUGUGAUCUGGGGUCCCAAGGGUUGUGGACUCCAUUCAAAGGACGAGUCGGUGGAAAUCGAGUCCAUUCGUCAACUGGCGGACGCAUUCGUGGCUAUUGUUGAGACUUUCUGCCAGGGAUGA